AUGAAACUCCUUAAAAUCUUCAAUUCCAAAGCUUUCAAUAUCCGAACUUUCAAUUCCUUCUCCCAUCCCAAUUCUUCUGUCUCUCCACCUCAGACAUCUUCUUUCUCCCCACUUCUCACCACUGUCCCACAAAUCACGGAAUCCACACUCCUCCAUUCCAUCGAAUCUUCUCAUUGGCAUUUCAUCAAACAGGUUGGGCCACACCUCACUCCCUCUCUUCUCUCUUCUACUCUAACCUCCCUCCGCUACAACCCCGAACUUGUCCUUCAUCUUCUCUCUCAUCUCGACAGCCACCCUCUUUCCCUCGACCUCACCACCACUUCCCUCGCCGCCUGCAUCCUCUGUCGCCUCCCAUCUCCCAAACCCUCUAUCAGCAUCUUACAACGCCUCAUUCAAUCUUCCACUGCCACCAACCGAACGAUUUUCGAUGAGUUGGCGCUUUCCCGCGACCGCGUCGAUGCCAAGACUAGUCUCAUUUUUGACCUUCUGGUCAGGGCCUAUUGUGAACUCAAGAAGCCCAACGAGGCCUUGGAGUGUUUCUACUCGAUGAAGGAAAAGGGUGUUUUGCCCAACAUUGAGACUUGCAAUCAGAUGUUGAAUCUGUUCUUGAAACUGAACAGGACUCAGAUGGCUUGGGUUCUGUAUGCUGAAAUGUUCAGGAUGAAGAUCACAUCCAGUGUGUACACUUUUAACAUCAUGGUUAAUGUGUUGUGCAAAGAAGGGAAGUUGAAGAAGGCAAAUGAGUUUAUUGGGCACAUGGAGGCUCUUGGGGUGAAGCCCAAUGUUGUCACCUAUAAUACUGUUAUACAUGCACACUGUGUGAGAGGGAAAUUCCAAAGGGCUCGUGUGAUCUUUCAAACAAUGAGAGAUAAAGGUCUUGAGCCUGAUUGUUAUACCUAUAAUUCUUUCAUUUCUGGGUUGUGCAAAGAACGAAGACUCGAGGAGGCAUCUGAUUUACUUUGUAAAAUGUUAGAAAUUGGCUUGGCUCCAAAUGCAGUAACGUAUAAUGCGUUGAUUGAUGGGUAUUGCAACAAAGGGGAUCUGGAUAAGGCUUUUGCCUACAGGGAUGAGAUGAUAGGUAAAGGUUUAACCGCAUCUCUGGUCACAUACAAUUUGUUUAUACAUGCACUGGUUUUGGAAGGAAGGAUGGGGGAGGCUGAUAAUAUGAUAAAAGAAAUGCGAGAAAAAGGGAUGAAGCCUGAUGCUGUUACUUAUAACAUAUUGAUUAAUGGGUAUUGCAGGUGUGGGGAUGCAAAGAGAGCCUUCAGCCUUUUUAAUGAAAUGGUGGGAAAAGGUAUUCACCCAACACUGGUCACAUAUACAUCACUUAUAUAUGUUUUGGGUAAAAGGAAUAGAAUGACAGAAGCAGAUGCCUUAUUUAAUAAGAUUCAACAAGAAGGUCUGUUGCUAGAUAAUAUAAUCUUUAACACAAUGAUCGAUGGUCACUGUGCAAAUGGUAAUAUUGAUCGUGCAUUUCAACUCUUAAAACAGAUGGAUAACAUGAAGGUUCUUAUCGAUGAAGUCACUUAUAACACCUUGAUGCAAGGAUACUGCAGAGAGGGGAAAGUGGAGGAAGCUAGGCAACUUCUUGAUGAGAUGAAGAAAAGGGGGAUCAAACCUGAUCACAUUAGUUACAACACACUCAUUAGUGGUUACAGUAAAAGAGGUGACAUGAAGGAUGCUUUUAGAGUUCGUGAUGAAAUGAUGACUACAGGAUUUGAUCCUACAAGUCUCACUUACAAUGCUCUUAUUCAAGGUUUGUGCAAAAACCGGGAAAGUGAGCAUGCUGAAGAGCUCCUCAAAGAAAUGCUACAUAAAGGCAUUGCUCCUGAUGACAAUACCUACCUUUUUCUAAUUGAGGCGAUGGAGGAAGUUGAUGACCUGGAGGGAAAUGAUGAUAAAUGA